GAGCGCGAGUCGAAAAAGAGGACAGCGCAGCGCUCGGCGAGGCGCGAGCUGCAAGCGAGAAGCACAGGCAAGUCCCAGCGUCGAAGCCACGGAAUCCUGCGCCGCAAGCGCCGCAGCGCGCGAGGCGGAGACAGCGAAGAUAAAAAAGAGAGGCCCAAAACUCGCCUUUCACCUACAGCCCGCCGCGCCGCGCCGCGCGCACCACGAGAGAACCCCAAGAACGCCACGCAACCCAUCACGCCCGAAACGCCGUAGGUCAUCGAGCAAGGAAAGCCGGCGGGCGUCGACGCUUUCAGCAACCAUGGAGAUGCCCGAGUUUAAGUUGAUCCUCGUCGGCGACGGCGGCGUCGGCAAGACGACCUUCGUCAAAAGACAUCUCACUGGAGAAUUUGAAAAGAAGUACGUGGCCACGCUGGGCGUGGAAGUUCACCCUUUGGUCUUUCACACGAACCGCGGCCCCAUCAAAUUCAAUGUCUGGGACACGGCGGGCCAGGAGCGCUUCGGCGGUCUUCGGGACGGCUACUACAUCCAGGGGCAAUGUGCUAUUGUGAUGUUCGACGUCACGUCGCGCAUCACCUACAAGAACGUGCCGAACUGGCACCGCGACCUGACGCGCGUCUGCGAGAACAUUCCUAUUGUUUUGACGGGCAACAAAGUAGAAAUCAAAGACCGCAAGGUCAAGGCCAAGCAGAUCACGUUCCACCGCAAAAAAAAUCUCCAGUACUACGACAUCAGUGCCAAGUCGAACUAUAACUUCGAGAAGCCCUUCCUCUGGCUCGCGCGCAAAUUGUGCGGCGACAACAACCUCCACUUCGUCGAGGCGCCGGCCCUCGCGCCGCCCGAGUUCAACAUCGACGCCGCGGACGCGGCGCGCUAUGAAGCUGAAUUGCGCGAAGCCGCCAACAUCCCGCUGCCGGAAGACGACGACGACCUAUAGAGGGACGUGUCGCGGGUCUAAGGUGCUUCUUCGUUG